AUGUGGCUUGAGCAAAGCACAUCUCCUUCCUGUUCUUCCACUCCUCCUCCCGCUUUUGACGACAUCUCCGAGCACGGUAGCAGUAGCCAUCGACAUUCGUCGGACGAAAAAACGGGCAGCAGCAGCGGAAUCGGAAGUGCCGGCGCCAGUGGCAGCGGAGGCGGCCACGGCGAUGGUGGUGGCGGCGGCGGUGGGGGCUCCGUUGACCGACGGAGUACUUCCUGCCGCAGUGAUAACUACAAAGAAGACUCAAUAAGUAUAUCAGAAAUAAGAUUAGAAAGUCAUUUAGCAGUCGAAUCAUCAUCCAAUAGCAAUUACGGCUCUCGAGGGGCUCUAGCGUCGGUCGAAGGAUCGACUCCAACGUGGACUGAAGGAACACCCAGCUUUACUGAUUCGAGCUCCAGUGGUGAUAUUGGAACAUUCUCAGGCCAUUCCUCUCCCAUGUCGGACCGGGAUCGCCACAAGCCGACGGUCGAAAAGGCACUCAACUCGCUCACAUCGGAAAUGGUAAGCUUUUCCAAGUUGCACCAGCUUCAUCACCAUCAUCAUCACCAACAACACCACAACCAGUACCACUCCUCCUCUACCUCAUCGGUGUCGUCCGCUUCGGGGCACAACCACCGGAAGCAGCAACAGCAACAUCAGCUUCAUAAGCAGGUUAUCUAUGUGAAGAACAGCAGCUGUUCGAGCAUAGACCAAUCGGUUCACCUACUCGGUGGCGCCGGCUUGGUCAGUGCUGGUGGUGGUACCGGAAGUUCCGGCAUGGGAAGUGGUGUCGUCGGCAGUGGCGGCGGAGGCAUGAGCAGUGGUCAUAGCAGCCCGCUCGUGAUGAUACGUCGAAUUACGUCGACGAAGGUUAACGAAAGCAUCACUUCGUUGAACUCGUCGUCAGGUGCAGGGGAGGAUGAUUCCGCGUUAAGGGACAUCGUUUCAUCUUCACAUUUACUUCCUGCUUCUUCCGCUUCGCUGCGAUCUUCGAUGGCCUCCUCUGACCACAACCAUACCAUUCAUCACCACCGUGUAAGCGAUAAAGCUGCUGAAGAUGAUGCGAAUGGGAUGAGUACCAGCUCCACUUCCGGUCACGGUAGCGAUGGGAGCAGUGAUGGUUCUCUGACCGAAACCGAUCGCAAUGCUUUGGGUCGUCGGUCUCGUGAAGAGUAG